GUAACGGAGCUCUUCAAUCGUAUUUUUACUUUCAGUUUAAUAAAUAUCACCAACGCAGUGACAAAUGGCGUACAGUGCAGCUGUUGUCUGCAGGAGAAGACAGAGCAUUAAGGAUCCACCCACAAUGAGUGAUCUGAGGAUUGUUCUUCUGGGGAAGAGCGUGUCAGAAAACAGUGGAGUGGGAAACUUCCUGUUGGGACGAUCAGCGUUUGACAGUGAAGCUCCUCCAGAUGUUGUAGAGAGAGUCGGAGGAAGAUUGAAGGACAGACACGUGAUGCUCAUCAACAGUCCUCAGCUGCUCCAGACACAUCUGUCACUCCGUCACAUCACACAGACAGUGAGAGAGUGUGUGAAUCUGUCUGAUCCAGGACCUCAUGCAUUCAUACUCGUACUGCAGCACAAUGACUUCACUGAGGAGGACAUGAGAAGAGUGAAAUAUGUGCUAAAAGAAUUCAAUGACGAGGCGAUUAAAUGCACCAUCGUGAUCACAACUGAUGAAGCAACAUGUGGUGGUAAACGGGCAUCUUUGAAAGUUAGUGAAUUAAUUCAACAAUUAUCUGCAGAAUGUGGAGGAGGACAUAUUCAACUUAAUAAUGAAACAGAGGAAUGGCUGUCUGAAAUAGCUCAACGGUUAGAGAUGAUUCUGAAACAAAACCCUGAGGAAUUUCUCAAAUGUGAACUAAAUGAUUAUGCAGAAGGAUCAUCAGUGGAUGAAGAUCAGAGCAACAGAUAUUUUGCUUCUCUCAGAAUAGAGAAAGAUCCUGAUUCAAAGGAUGAUGAACAACACCAAGAUACUCAUGCAGAGAUGAAGAAAUCAAAAAAGUUUUUUCAUCGUAUACCAAUAUUUGAUUUAUUUAUGGGUUACACAAAACAAAGUCCAAAGCAAAAUCAGCCAAAGGGAGGUGUAAGUGACACUAGACAACAGAGGCUGAACUUGGUGCUGUGUGGAAGUGAUGAAACACUGAAGGCCUCUGUAUCCAAAUAUAUAAGAAAAGAAAAAAAGACAAAUCUUCAGAUCAAUCUGGUGGAGCUUCCUGCUCUCAGUCAGCUCUCAGAGGAGGAAGUGAUGUCUCACGCUUAUGUCUGUGUGUCUCGCUGUGAUCCAGGAGUUCAUGUUUUCCUCCUAGUUAUUCCUGCUGGUCCACUUAAUAAUGAAGACAAAGCAGAAAUGGAGAACAUCAAGAAGAUAUUCAGCUCAAGAAUCAACAAACACCUCAUGGUUCUCAUAAUCCAAGAGAAGAGCAUGAUUAGCAAUCUGAAUAUACUUCACACUUCAGUUACUAAGACAUCUAUCCAGACACUUGGAGGUCAUAAUUUUGUUCUGGAGAACAGCUCACAGGUUCCAGAUCUACUGAAGGAUGUAGAGGAUAUGGUACAGGAGAACAAAGGAAGUUCCUACACAACAUUCAUGUACCUUCAGGAUCGAUUAGAACUGGAAAGAAACAAACACAGAGCUGAAAUGGAGGAACUGAAAAAAAAAAUUGUGAUGAAAACUCAAUCAACAGCAGCAGAUGUAACACAUGAUGAAGAUCUGAGGAUUGUGCUGCUGGGAAAGACGGGUGUGGGGAAGAGUGCAACAGGAAACACCAUACUGAGAAGAGACAUGUUUGAAUCAAUACCUAAUCCAUCCUCAGUGACCAGAGAGUGUCAGAAAGAAACAUCUGAGUUCAACAGAAGACAGAUAACUGUGAUCGACACUCCAGGACUGUUUGAUACUGGAGUUGAUAAUGACGAGACCUGGAAGGAGAUUGUGAAGUGCAUCUCAAUGGCGGCACCUGGACCACAUGUGUUUCUGCUGGUGAUUCAACUGGGACGAUUCACUCGAGAAGAGAAAGAUGCAGUGAAGAUGAUCCAGGAGGCUUUUGGAGAGGAAUCCAAAAUGUACACCAUUGUACUGUUCACCAGAGGAGAUGAACUUAGAGGAGCAACAAUUGAAGAUUAUGUUCAACGAAAUGACAGCUUAAAGAACCUCGUCCAUCAGUUUGGAAACAGAUACCAUGUGUUCAAUAACAAGGAGAAUAAAGAUUACACACAGGUUUCUGCUCUUCUGAAAAAGAUUGACUGGAUGUUGACAGUAAAUGGAGGGAGUUUCUACACCAAUGGGAUGUUCCAGCAGGUGGAGAAGAACAUCAAAGAGGAACAAGAGAGAAUACUGAUAGAGAAAGAAGAAGAGAUCAAGAGAAAUGAAGAAGAGCUGAAAACCAAAUAUGAAGCUGAAAUAGAACAAAUGAAGAAAGAAAAAGAGAGAGAAAGACAAGAGAUGCAGAAUGAACUGAGAAGAACUGAAGAGGAAUUCAAAAAGAGAGAGGAGGAGAUCAAGAAAGAGACCAAUGAAACCCUUCGAGAUGAGAUGCAGAGAAAACUGGAGGAGCACAAGAAACAAAUUGAAGAGGAGAAUGAAAGAAAGGAAAAAUCUUUAGGAGAAAUGCAACAGAGCUUCAUUAAAUUCCUGGAAGAAAAACACGAGAAGGACAAGCAAAAUCUUCAGGAGAAAAUUCAACAUGAAGCUAGAGAACAAGCAGAAUGUGAAUUUAGUGAAAAACUUAUGAAAGAAGUGAAUAAAGCUUUAGAAGAAGCUGAAGCAAAACUACCAUGUACAGCCAAACGAGCUCGUGACUGGAAUUACUAUAUUCCUGUUCUUGGAGGAGCUGCUGGAGGAGCUGUCGGUGGUGUUGAAGACAUUGUGCAGUGCAUUGGCAAAAUGAAAUUUAAACAUCAAGCCCAAAGUCAAAUUGAAGGUUGAAUUUAGGUAAAUCUUUUGAAACACAUAAGCACUGAUGGUGUGAGGACCCUAUUGUAAUUGCUCGGCUAAUUCUUCUUCUUCUCUGAAAUUAAUCGCAUUUUUGAGGGCCUAAACAUGCUCGAAAACUCAUGAAACUUUGCACACGUGUCAGAAGUGGUGAAAAUUUCUGAUAUGGGUUUCAGAAUUAGGUGUGGCAAAAUGGCUCAAUAGCGGCACCUACAAAAUUUCAAUUAAGCGCCCUUCGCGCUACAUUUCACGUACAGUUAUGAAAUUCGGUAGACACAUGUAACAGCCCAAUACCUACAAAAAAGCCCCUGGGUGCAAAAUCUGUAAACCCAACAGGAAUUUUUUGAUUUUUCUCUGGAAAAUUUUGGCAAAAUGGCUCAAUAGCACCACCUACAAAACUUCAACGAAGUGCCCCAGACGCUACGUCUCACGUACAAGUAUGAAAUUCGGUACACACAUCUAACAGUCUGAUACCUACAAAAAAGUCUCUUGGACCAUAAUCUGAAAACCGACAAGAAGUCAAAUAUUUUGAAGUAACUUUGGAAAAUUUGUGCAAUUUUUGCCAUUUCCAGACGUUGUACUUUAAUGAACUCCUCCUAGAGCUUUAAUAAGAUCAAGGUCAUAUUUGGUCAAUUUAAUCUAAAGGCCUUUGAGACGUUAAAUUGCGAAGAUCUUGAGUUUUCGCUGAAGGGCGUGUCUGUGGCGGCCUGACAAAUUUUGAUGUUUCGCCAUGAAACAGGAAGUUGUUGUAACUCAGGCAUACAAUGUCCGAUCUGCCCCAAACUUCACAUGUUUUAUUAGAGUCCUGGCCUGAAGACAUCUACAUGGCAAUAUUCAGUUACAGUCAAAGCGCCACCUGUGGGUAACAGGAAAUGACAUGUUUACACUGUGAUUAACUCCUUGUAGAGAUUUUACCAGAUCAAGAUCAUAUUUGGUCAGUCUAAUCGUAAGGCCUUAGCGAUGUUAAAUUGUGAAGAUCUUGAGUUUUCGCUGAAGGGCGUGUCCAUGGCGGCCUGACAAAUUUUGAUGUUUCGCCAUGAAAGAGGAAGCUGUUGUAACUCAGGCAUACAGUGUCCGAUCUGCCUCAAAGUUCACAUGUGUGAUAAGAGUACUGACCUAAAGACAUCUAUAUGCCAAUAUUCAGUUAGUCAUAGCGCCACCUGCUGGCAACAGGAAAUGGCAUGCUUUACACUGUAAUUCACUACCAGAAACACAUUUCAAUAUGCCACGAAGUGCCAAACAUACUAGAAACACGUUAAAUCAUGCAACACUUGGCUAAGUGCUAAUGUUUGCAAUUAACGCCACAAAACAGGAAGUUGUUGUAACUCAGGCAUACAAUGUUCGAUCUGCUCCAAACUUCACAUGUUUGAUAAUAGUCCUGGCCUGAAGACAUCUACAUGGCACUUUGAAAUGACUUUGCCAUAUUUCCCUUGUAGCCCACUGUUCACUGUUUUCCUAAGGCCAACUGAUGGCGGUGAUCCUGGGUGCGAGGGCCCUUUCAUCGCUGCUUGCCGCUUUAAUAACAUAUUGUAAUUUUUUUUUUUACUGUUGCCUUGUAUCAGUUACAUUCUCUUUAUUAAACUGUCAUUAGUCACCUGUACAUCAGGGGGUUCUCUAGCCAAAUAAGGUGCCAAUUCACCCAUUUAAGGUGUAAAGAAGAAGUAGGUAGUAGGAAGUUAAUGCUCUAUCCUCUAUCUGUGUUUAACUCCACUUUUAGACAUACACUCGCAAACUUCACAAAGCACUUCCCCUCGGGGGAAUCCCCACCGCCAUUUUGAAGCGCGUUCAACUUCGUCAAGUAGACGAGGGAAGUUUAUUUGAACAGACCCUCGACCCUCGGCCCCACGUACACUCUGCUUGUUACACACACAGGGAUGCGCAGCAGCACACAAACAUGCCAAAUAUUAAAAAUAAAAGGAUUACAAUGUAAAAGAUUAUUAUUGUGCAUAAAGAUAAAAAUGCCUAUACAUCUCAUAAUGGAUAGUCAUUGCAUGUAUCAGAAUUACCUAUUUGCAGUAAUGACAAAUGAAACUGGCUAAUUAUUUGAACAAUCGUGGCAAUGUAUGUAUUGAAACUGACUGGUCCGGUUGAGGGUGUCUAUAUUACUCCAUGUAAAUAGCAAUAGCAUGGCUUUUAAAGGGAAUUAGAGAUAAGACUCUGGUUGGUGUACGUUAUGCCCAAAACACACUCAUGACAACCGUUUUGGACAAUGCACCUGGCACGCCAACCAUUUUUCCCAUCGUUAAACUAGCAAAAGUGGAUUCGGACACGCCCUAAGUGCACCUGCUCCAUGCGCUCCUUAAAAUAGGGCCCUAUGUGAUAGGUUGUAAUAUUUACUGUAUACACAAUGCUUUGUUCUGAUUAUGUUGUAAUGUUUUUCUUUUUGUUUUUUGUUUUGUUUUUUAUCUUUGUACAUAUUUGUUUUUUUUAUGCACAACUAUGAAAAUCAGUUAGUCAGUGUGUAUGAUUCAUUUCCAAAAAUUAAAGAUGAUUUUCUCAUGUAACACAAGUUUUUGUUUCUGAGCAUGACUGAAAUAAGUCUGGAACAAAAAUAUUUAUCAUGCAAUUCAACCAGAACUGCAGAAAAUAUUAUGAAUAUUGAAUUGUCUUUUUAUGCUUAGUUUGUCUCUAUAUAUGGUAUGUAAGGGCAAUUUUAGGUUGACAGAAGGGUUUGACAUAUAAAGAACCAAUUGUAUUGUAGAAUGCUUUGCCUUUCUCCUAUCUUAUAUAAACUGUUGUAUUGUU